AACAUACCUGCACAUAUUUGUCUAUUAACUUGAUUUGACUACUGCGCCACACACAUACCUGCAUCAUACAAUCACGCGACGUAUACACAGAAGUAUACGGUCAUUAUCCUAUUUCCCCUUAUUACAAGUGUGCACCACUCUGAGUUAAAAGAUAGGAGACUAAUAAGACGAAUAAAAUUGACUGGUUCGACAUUUGUCUUUCCUUUUUUUUUCCUUUUUGUUUUCUUUCCCCUUUUUAUUCGACCAGAGAAUUAAAUUAUUGUUUUACGAUGAUAUUAGUUUAAAGUUCAACCAACUACUUGCAACUUACAUACAAGAAUUAAACGCAUCCUUCAAAUGGAGCGUGUUCUAAAAGCAGUACCAGCAGGCUUAAGAGUAAAAAUGGAGGCACUUGUGCAUGAUUUGACCAUUGCGCUUGAAGAAAGUAGUAACAGUGCUAAUGUCAGACGUAGAUGGGGUAUAAGGAGGAGAGCUCGUUCAACGGGAAAUAUCCCCUCGCUGAAUAUAAGCAAACACUCGGAUGAUAGUUCAUCUUCCGUUUGCGAUAUUCGUAUUCUAAAAAAUUCAACACCUUCUAAAUAUCAGUCAGACAGCGAUGACACCAAUCAAACUAAAAGAUUUGCAAGGUUUUCCAAUCUGAAUAAUGUAAGCAACAUAGAGAGCGAUUCUGUCAAUGAAAAUUUCAUACCAAGGACUAACACCAGGCGUAAAAGGAAAUUCAAGAAGAUGGCUGUCGAUUCUGACUCUAAUCCGUCUACAUCUCAAACAGUUACCAUUAUGUCGACCUCUUUAGGCGGAAAAAAGCGGGUUCUUAAGAACGAUUGUAAAAAUAAAUACGAAGCCAUAUGGUGUGGAAAACGUAAGAGAUCAUGUAGAGAACGUUCUACUGAUUGUGAAAUGCGUUCUUUAAAACCAAACAGAACAUCAAAGUCUAAAGUUCGGGGGAAGAUACAAGGUGAAGAGACUGUAGAUUGCUCUCGUAUAUCGAGUUCAAGUAUUUCUUCUAGCGAUUCCGAAAAUGGUAUAAUCACAAAUGACGAAGAUCGCGAAGGAGACGACGAACAAUCUGACUGGAUAGUGGAAUCAAAUUGGUGGGAUGAUGGAGACAGUACGAGUGAAGAUAAAAUAGGAACAGAUUCGACAUUCCAAAUGAUAUUACACGGUAGCUUCGAACAUUCUACCGACGAAAGCAGAAAAAGGUAUAGACAAAAAGUGAAACGAAUUCGCGAAGGUUUUACUGGUAGAGAAAUUCGAGCUGGUCGUCGUCACGUAGAUAAUAAACCUGGAUAUUCCAUCAUUACGUCAGCGAAUGAAAAAGUGUCAAGAUUUUUACAAGAUCCAACUCAAAGCGAACUUAAAUUACAUCCUAUGCGCCAAGCUGAAAGGGAGAAGUUACGUCGUCUUGCCAAUUUAUAUAGUUUAAGUUUAAAAGGCGAUUUAGGUUGUCCAAUAUUAUAUAAAACAUUACACACAACUCAAGCUGUAUGCGUGGAUCAAGUGUCUUUAAACAGAUUUUCUGAUUACAAAAGAUUAAGAAAGACACCUCCUAACUCACCUAAUCCCGAUUCAAUGAUGCAAUGUCACGAACAACAUAUUUCUAGUACAAGUUUUGGUACGCAAAUUGUCCAACAAACACAAGAUACUAUGCCGCUGCAAUCAAUAAGUUUUCCACAAUUUGAUUGGGACUCCAAUAAUAUGGAAAUUGAAAUACAUGGAAAACCAAAAUGUCAAGAUUUUGGACAUUCAAAAUCGAGUUAAAUUAUAUGGAUCACUUUGUAUUAGUUUGUUUUUUAAUAUAUAAAUAGACAGAUAACCUGCUUACUAUUAAUAA